CCAAACUUCUGACGUCAUUCAUUCAUUCACUUCUUGGUGUUUGUUUUUAAGAAACAAAAAGUGAAAUAAAUAGCAGGAUGUAAUAUCAAAGGAAUCAAGAUGCAGUCUGCACAAUCAAGCAUGACGGGGAUUGACCCCCACACCACCCAAAUGAACCAGUUUCGGAGUUAUGUCACGAUGCUAGGUGACCCCAACUGUAAAGACGUUUUGAAACUGAAGGCAACUCAAGAAAUAAGCAAAAAUUUUGAGAUUAUUCUGUCGUCAUCUUUGUAUCAAAGUUUUCUAGACCAUUCUGUGAAAAUAUUUUUGAAGAUACUGCAAGAAGGCGAACCGCAUUUUAUUGCUGAGUACAAUAUACAGCAAGUUAGAAAACUGAUACUGGAGAUGUUGUAUCGUUUACCGACAAAUGAUCUGCUGAGACCUUACGUCAAAUCAAUCCUGUCUUUAAUGUUGAGACUUUUGGAGAUAGAUAACGAAGAGAAUGUUCUGGUUUGUUUGAAAAUUAUUAUUGAGCUGCAUAAGCAGUAUCGUCCAGCGUUCAAUCCAGAAAUACAGCAUUUUCUUCAAUUUGUCAAAUCAAUCUACUCUGAUUUGCCUAACCACAUGGAUAAAAUUUUCGAGCCCAGAGCUCCAAUCAAAGUGAAAGAUUUAAGCGAACUGAAUAUUGAGGACUUGCUUAAAGAAACUUUUACUAUGACGAGUAUACAAACAGAGAAGAGGAACAAAGAUGGGACGUUAAUUGCAUAUUACUUAAUUCCCAAAGCAGUCUUAUCGUUAAAGGUGCUCCAAGAACUCCCAAUAAUUGUCGUCCUCAUGUACCAACUUUACAAACAAAGCGUCCACCAAGACGUUAGUGACUUCAUUCCAUUAAUCAUGAAAACCAUCACUCUACAGCCGAGCGUCGAACAAAGACAAGCUGACACUUUCAAUAAAGAAAUAUUUGUGGAUUUCAUGGGAGCUCAAGUCAAAACUUUAUCCUUUUUAGCGUAUAUUAUCAAGUUUUACCUAGAACAUGUUCAAAGUCACUCUGCUAUGAUGGUUCAAGGGAUGUUAGGUCUUUUAAUGCUUUGUCCAAUGGAAGUCGCGCAUCUCCGAAGAGAGUUACUUAUUGCUGCUAGACAUAUUCUAGCCACAGACUUGAGGAAUCGUUUUGUUCCACAUAUGGAAAAAUUGUUUGAUGAGGAUGUUCUUUUGGGACGGGGUUGGACCACGCAUGAGUCGCUGCGUCCACUGGCUUACUCUACUUUGGCUGACUUAGUACAUCACGUACGGCAACAAUUACCUUUGUCUGAUCUCACUCGAGCUGUUCAUUUGUUUAGUAAGAAUGUACAUGAUGAUACGCUGGCGACAACAAUUCAAACUAUGUCCUGUAAGUUGUUGUUGAAUUUGGUGGACUGUAUACGGAUCAGGUCGGAUGCGGAAAACAGUACAGAAGGUCGAGAAUUGUUGAUGCGCAUGCUCGAAGUUUUCGUCGUGAAGUUUAAAACUAUCGCUAAAAUCCAGCUACCCAUUUUAACCAACAAGUGUAAACAGAAUACACAAGUACACACCACUACUCAAAGCAACCCCCAAACCCCAGAGGUAAAACUGGAGGAUAUCAAACCUAACCCGGCCGAAAUUCUCGAAAACGCCCUAGCAUCAACCCAGGGCAUUCAACAGAAAGAAGAAAAAUCCAAAUUCGGAUUCCCACAAAACAGUAACUACAACGUAGCCGAUUACAGAAGCUUAGUCAAAACGUUAGUUUGCGGCGUCAAAACAAUCACCUGGGGUUGCUCAGCAUGCAAAUCCAGCGCAACUCUUUCACUGGUAACCACCAAACAGUUCCAACCCCAUGAAACCUUGGUGUUUGUGCGGUUGGUCAAGUGGGCUUUGAAAGCUCUAGAUAUUUAUACUUUGUCGCUGGGACCGCAACCAGCCGGUCCUCAACGUAUUAACCAGCAGAAUGUGCGAAAUAAAGAAGAGAAGGAAGUUUUGGAGCAUUUUAGUGGAGUGUUUUCUAUGAUGAAUCCGCAAACAUUCCACGAAAUUUUUUCUACCACCAUUGAAUACUUAGUAGAGAGGGUUUAUAAGAAUCCCACUUUACAAACCGUACCUAAUACGUUAUUGGCUAACCCAGCUACGAGUCCGAUUUUUGCAACAGUUUUGGUCGAGUACCUUCUAGAAAGAAUGGAAGAAAUGGGAUCGAAUCUCGAACGAAGCAACUUGUAUUUAAAACUGUUUAAAUUGGUCUUUGGGAGUGUUUCGUUGUUCCCUCAAGAAAACGAAAAUAUGUUGCGUCCACAUCUUCAUCAGAUUGUUAACAGGUCUAUGGAGUUAGCUAUGAGUGCAAAAGAACCCUAUAACUAUUUCCUAUUACUUAGAGCUCUGUUUCGCUCAAUAGGUGGCGGCAGCCACGAUUUACUCUAUCAAGAAUUUUUACCAUUGCUACCUAACCUUCUCGAAGGACUCAACCGACUACAGAGCGGUUUACACAAACAACACAUGAAAGAUCUUUUUGUGGAAUUGUGUCUAACUGUCCCCGUUAGAUUAAGCUCUCUUUUGCCAUACUUACCAAUGUUAAUGGAUCCCUUAGUAUCUGCGUUAAAUGGAUCACACGUUCUUAUAAGUCAAGGAUUAAGAACUUUGGAGUUAUGUGUUGAUAACCUUCAACACGAUUUUUUGUAUGAACACAUUCAACCAGUCCGAGCUGACUUAAUGCAAGCACUUUGGCGAACUUUGAGGAAUAAUGAUCAGGUGGCCCAAGUAGCCUUCAAGGUUUUAGGUAAAUUUGGAGGAGGCAACAGAAAAAUGAUGAUUGAACCCCAAAAGUUGGACUAUAUUUCCUCAGAUUACGAUCCGCCUGCUAUAAUUGCCAAAUUCCAUGACCAAGAUAAGACAAUUGAGUUCCCAGUGCAGAAAAUUAUUGAAACAGCGUUCAACGCUCUGAAACAAAGCAACACCGACUCGUUUUACCGAAAACAAGCAUGGGAGGUGAUCAAUUGUUACUUAACGGCUUCGCGCAACCUUAGCGAUGAUAAGAACACUCUUAUCAACCUCUUCCUUCACUCUAGUUUCCAAGACCCGAAAACCAUACCUCAGGUCAAGGGUUCCGUGUACAAGAGCAUCUACAAACAAGCAAGAGAAACUCAUCAGACCGCUCUCACUGGUAUGUUCGUAGCCGCGGCCAUUAAAGAGUUGCGACAACCAGUGGUGGCUCUCAUGGUUGCCGUGGUACGUCAUUAUACCAUGGUAGCUGUGGCUCAACAAUCGGGCGCUUUCGCGUGUACUCCCAAACAUAACGAACAAGUGGCUUUAGACCCGUUAGUCUUGGUGGACGCUUUAGCUGUAAUCAUGGGCCACGAAGAAAAAGAACUAUGUAAACCAGGUCACGUAGGUCUAGUUUUGAUUUUGGACACGGCUUCAACCCUCCUAGGUAGCAAAGAAAUGGCCUGCAGACUACCACUCAUCGAGUAUCUAUCCGAAAAAAUGUGCGCGUUGUGCUAUGAGAGGGCGUGGUAUGCUAAACUCGGUGGUUGUAUAGCGAUCAACUUCAUGUUCGAGCGGUGCGCGUUGAAGUGGGUGUAUGAACAUAUGUUUACGUUUCUCCGGGCGCUACUUUUUGUUAUGAUGGAUUUAACGGGGGAGGUGUCGAGUGGUGCGUUGGAUAUGGCUAAGAACAAUUUGGAGAAGAUGUUGAUUGUGUGUGUGACCGAACCGCCGGAAGGGUCGGAUCAAGCGACGAGAGAUUUGCAGAAGAAGGCUUUGCAUGAAGUUACACAUGAGCUGGUGAGGCAAGUGACUAGUCCGCAUACGAUGGUGAGGGAGCAGUCGAUGCAUUCGUUGAGAUUGCUCGCGGAAAAGCAAAACAAGUCGGUGACUUCGGUGAUGGAGCCGUUUAAAGAGGUGUUGGCGGAUAUGGUUCCUCCGACUAAACAUUUGUUGAAGCAUCAGCCGGCUAUUGCGCAGAUGGGGUUAAUGGAUGGGAAUCAGUUUUGUACUACUUUGAGUCCGAGGCUUUUUACCAUAGACUUAUCCAUCAAAGAACACAACUUAUUCAUCGUGGAUUUACUUUCCCUAUGCAACACCGAAGAUUCCAAACUAAACACAUUUUCUUGCUACAAAAACAUAACGAACUUCAUCCCAUUACGCAAAAGCGCCCUUCGCGUUUUGGCAGCUUGCCAUUACUUAGAAGAAGUACGAGAACAAAUUUUCCAAGUCUUGUAUAAAGCUUUAGAAAAACCGAACGCGGAAUUACAACAGACCGCAUUCGAGUGCAUGCGAGAUUUCAUCGCCGGGUAUCAAGUUAAUAAAGACCUGGUUUACCAAACGGUUAAACCGCUCCUACUGACCUUGGGAGACGCUAAAAACUUGACCCUAAACGGCGUGAAAAUGUUGUCGUAUCUAACUCAGUUGUUCCCACUGACUUUCAACGAAAACUUAUGCGAACAGUUGCUCGAGUUGUUGAAACAGCUUCUGGAGAAUUUGACUAAUACGCAUAAGGUGUCAACUGGAGUUUCUAAGAAAGGAGACGAAGAGCAAAAGAUUGUUACUAUUAUUGGAAUUUUCCACCAAACGCCGGCAGCUUCUUCGAAAUUUAUUGGUCAGUUGUGUCAGUUGAUUCUCCAAACGGAACAGGCGAUGUUGAUUGAAGCUAGUUCUCCAUUUAGAGAUAUUUUGAUGAAGUUUCUGCUGCGUUACCCCGCAGAAACGCUUGAAAUGUUUUUGGAUGAUAAUUACAUCAAAGAUAAGCAGUUUAGUCGGUAUUUGGAGUAUUUAAUCAAACACAAAGAUGGUAAGCCCUUUAGAGAUCACAUUCAGAAUAGUAUGGUGAAGAGGUUGAUUGCCAUGGCGUUGGCUAAUGUUCACGUAAAUUACACUCUAACGGCGCCCGAUCGAAACGAACUACAAUAUCAAAGUAUUAGGAUUAUAUCCUUGUUGAUCAAAUUUGACGAUCAGUGGUUAUCAGAACAGGCGGAGUUAGUGGAAGCUUUUAGACAAAUUUGGUGUGAUGAUGCAUACCAAGAAAGACACAAAAAUGUUGACAACUUGGAGUAUCCUCACUGGAAAGAACCGAAGUUAUUGGUGAAAAUUCUACUACACUAUUUUUGCUACCACCCGAACAACGUGGAUUUGUUGUUUCAAUUAUUACGGUGUAUGUGUCACAGGUUUAUACCAGAAUUUCAGUUUUUGAAAGAUUUCCUUGCUAACACCGUCGCCCAAAACUACACAGUUGAAUGGAAGCGGACUGCGUUCUUCCGCUUCGUCAAACUUUUCCCUACAAACACCAUGUCACAAGAGCUCAAGUCCAAAGUUCUGCAACUAAUUUUAAUUCCGUGUUUCGCGGUCAGUUUUGAAAAAGGAGAAACCAACAAACUAGUGGGAGGUCCUCCAAUGCCAUAUCAAGACAACCCAGAUAACGUCGUUUCAGUAUUCAUAAACAAACUAAUAGACCCAGAUAACCCAUUCCCUUCAGCCGAUUGUGUCAGGAUCGCCCUGCUCCAGUUCUCUUGUCUUCUCGUAGAACAAGCAAGUCCACACAUACACGACCAUGACGCUAAUAAUAAAACGCAAGGUUUCAAACUUCGUCGUCUGAUGACUUUCGCCUGGCCUUGUUUGUUGGUUGAAAAUUGUGUGGACCCAGCAACACGUUACCAUGGCCAUUUGCUGCUUUCACAUAUCAUCGACAAGUUUGCCAUACACCGGAAAAUCGUGCUUCAAGUGUUUCACAGUUUAUUGAAAGCACACGCUUUGGAAGCUAGGAAUGUCGUGAGACAAGCUUUGGAGAUUCUGACUCCGUCGAUGCCUUUGAGGAUGGACGAGGGUAACACUAUGUUGACUCAUUGGACCAAGAAGAUUAUCGUGGAUGAAGGACAUUCGAUGCAACAGCUUUUCCACAUUUUGCAACUGGUGGUCAAACAUUAUAAAGUGUAUUAUCCGGUGAGACACCAUUUGGUGCAGCACAUGGUGAAUUCGAUUCAAAGGUUAGGGUUUAGCCCCACGGCUACUUUAGAACACAGGAAAUUGGCUGUGGAGCUUGCCGAAGUUAUAAUAAAGUGGGAAUUGUAUGGGAUUAAAGAAGACGCUGAUACGACCGAGGUUGUGGAUAAUGUUCCAACGAAGCGCAUGAGUUUUGAUGAUCCAAUGGAAGGACAGCGAAAAAGGUUGGCUAUGAUGCAGCCGUCCACUUCUUACUCGCCAACGCCGGUGAUCAAACAAGAACCCGGAGUAAAUAAACCGAUUGAUCGGGCGCACACUGACACUGUGUUAAAUUUCUUGUUGCGACUAGCGUGUCAAGUUAACGAUUCGACUCCGCAAAAUCCGGCGAAUCCUACGGCUAGUAGUCCCGGUGAAUUAUUAUCCCGGCGGUGUGUUAUUCUUUUGAAAACUGCUUUAAAACCGGAUAUUUGGCCCCAACCGGUGGAUUUGAAACUAGCCUUUUUCGAUAAGAUUCUUCUGACCGUUGAAGCUCCUAAUCCUAAUAUCGGGAACGUUUGCACGGCGUUGGAGUUGUUGACUUACUUGUUAACGGUGUUGAAGAAGGAUCAGAUUUUGGCCAGUUUUAAACCUUUACAACGAGGAUUAGGUGCUUGCAUAACUUCCACGAAUAAUAAAAUUAUUAAACUGGUGCACGGCUUGCUCACAAAACUCAUGUCACUAUUUCCCACGGAACGUUCAAACACCUCAGUUUCAUGUAAAUACGAGGAAUUAGAGAUUCUAUACUCAACCGUGGGUAAAGUGAUUUUCGAGGGUUUGAACAAUUUUGAAAAGAACGCCCAAGCCAACUCUUCAACCUUAUUUGGAACAAUGAUGAUCCUCAAGGCUGCUUGUGCCAACAAUCAUUCCUAUAUUGAUUUACUAAUCACCCCUUUCAUGAGAGUGUUGCAUCGAUUAGCCAAAGAACACCUCCAACCAACCUCCACAGAUUACGCAGCAAUCAACAGCGAACUCUUAAUCUUGAGCUUGGAUCUCGUCAAGACCAGAGUCGUAGUAAUGGGCGUUGAAAUGCGCAAGACCUUCAUCGGUACCAUUCUAGUCGGUUUAAUCGAGAAAACUCAAGACAUAAAAGUGAUGAAAGCCAUCACCAAAAUGCUCGAGGAAUGGAUGAAGUGCAAAAACGUAGUCACUCUAAAUCAGGCACCAAGCUUGAGAGAAAAAUCAAUCCUGUUGGGGAAAAUGAUGCAGUACGUUGAAAAACGAUUCCCCGAAGAUGCCGACCUGAACGCCCAGUUUCUCGAACUCGUCAACUACGUCUACACGGACGUCAAUCUUAAAACCACCGAACUGACGUCAAAAUUAGAACCGGCUUUUCUAGCCGGUUUGCGGUGCAAUCAGCCUCACAUACGCUCCAAAUUUUUCAAAGUCUUCGACGAAUCCAUGCGUUGUCGGCUUCAUGAUCGACUUCUGUACAUCGUGUGUUCGCAAAACUGGGAAGCUAUAGGUCAGCAUUACUGGAUCAAGCAGUGUAUAGAGUUACUUCUGGUUACCGCUUCGGCUGACUCUAGUAUACAAAUGGCACACGAAAGUAGCAUUCUACCGAGUAUUACAUCUGUGAUUAAUUCGGCCGAGAAAAGAGAAGAAUUUAAUUCGAUGCAGGUUGACAAUCCUGAAUUUUACACGUCAACGGAAAUCAAAGAGGAAGUACUGGAUUUGGAUUUGUCGAACGUCGAAUCGAAUCCCACGAUUGAGGAGAAACCGAUUGAUCGCGCCGAGACUAUUUCCAAAAUGAUCAAAAAACACUACGAGUUUAUCGAGGUUUCACGAAAUGUGACGACGGAUCAGUUUUUGGUUGCUGCGGCUCAGUUGUGUCAUAUGGAUACUAGUUUAGCGGAGCAGGUGUGGCUGCAAUUUUUUCCACGAAUAUGGGAAAUUUUGGAAGAGGACCAGAGGAACAUACUGGUGCAAGAAAUUUUACCAUUUAUUACUUCUGGUACCCACAUUAUACAAAAGGAUUGUCACCCAAGCGCUAUUAACACCUUCGUGGAGGCUCUGUGUCGGUGUAAUCCCCCCAUUCAAAUAGCACCGCCUUUAAUGAAGUAUUUGGGUAAAUCUCAUAACUUGUGGCACCGCAUGGCUCUGGGUUUAGAACAAAUCGCUUUUGACCCAUCUUCUGCCUCAAAAGCUAGCAACGCUGCUAGUUGUUACGAUUUCGAAACCGACCAAUCCAAGAACGAGUUGCUUGAUUCUUUAGGAGAGUUAUAUUCGCUUCUUUGUGAGGAAGAUUUGUGGGCGGGGUUGUGGCAAAAGCACGCCCACUACAAAGAAACCAGUAUUGCUAUAGCAUAUGAACAACACGGCUUUUUCGAACAAGCUCAAGCCGCUUAUGACUCAGCGAUGGCUAAGCAUAAGCAAGAUAAUUCCAUGGGACCUGUACCUACGCACACUCAGAGGGAAGUGCUACUGUGGACCGAACACUGGAUUCGGUGUGCCAAAGAAUUAAAUGAGUGGAACGUUCUUACUGAAUAUGCCAAGAACGGUGUUUACGAUCCGUAUUUGUUACUGGAGAGUGCGUGGAGGAUACCGAAUUGGGACAUCAUGAAGGAGGCUUUAUCCAACGUCGAGUAUAACUGUCCCAAGGAGCUGGGGUGGAAGAUAACCAUGUAUGGUGGAUUUUUAUUGAUUUGUCAACCCGACGAGAGUAAACCUUUAAAAUUUGUGGAACGUUACGUCGAAAGCGCAAGCGCCCUCUGUUUGAACGAGUGGCGUCGUUUACCACAUAUUGUUAGUCACAUACACCUACCCUAUCUCCAAGCAGCCCAACAAAUCAUGGAAUUGCAAGAAGCAUAUCAAAUCCAUAAGGGUUUACUGCAAGGCCACCAGAAUUCCUUACACGAUAUGAAAGCUAUAGUGAAAACCUGGCGCAAUCGGUUACCGGUGAUAGCCGAUGAUUUAACCCACUGGAAUGACAUUUUCACCUGGCGCCAACAUCACUAUCAAGUCAUUGUCAACCACUACGAAAGCAUACGAGAGUCAGCCCAUACUAAUUCCAUGUUGGGGAUCCACGCGUCAGCUCAGUCAAUCAUCCACUUUGGAAAGAUUGCCAGAAAACACAAACUAGUCAAUGUGUGUUUAGAAUCCUUGAAUAGGAUCUAUACAAUAAAGAGCGUGCCAAUUGUCGACUGCUACCAAAAGAUCAGACAGCAAGUCAAGUGUUACUUGCAGUUGGCGUCCAUGAACAACAAGAACGAGUUGCAGGAGGGCUUGGAAGUUAUCAAUAACACGAAUGUCAAGUACUUUGCCAAAGAUUUGACAGCCGAAAUAUACGCCCUCAAGGGAAUGAUCUACCACUUGAGCAAUAAAUCCGACGAAGCCAAUAAGGCGUUUUCUGCGGCUGUACAGAUGCACGAUACUUCUAUCAAGGCUUGGGCGUUGUAUGGGGAUUAUCUAGAGCAAGUUUUCACCAGAGAUGCCCGUCAGAUUAAUCUGGGGGUGAACGCAAUGGCCUGCUUCUUGCACGCCUGUCGCCAUCAGAACGAGUCAAAGGCUAGAAAAUACCUGGCUAAAGUGUUGUGGCUUCUGAGUUAUGAUGACGAGAAUUCGAGUUUAAUGGACGCUUUGGAUAAAUAUUCGGUUGGUGUGCCACCUAUUUUGUGGCUACCGUGGACGCCGCAGCUGCUGAAUUGCUUGGUGCAGUAUGAAGGACACGUAAUUUUGAAUUUGUUGUGCCAGGUCGGCAGAAUGUUCCCACAGGCUGUGUACUUCCCAAUUCGUACCCUUUACUUGACACUACGAACAGCCACCGCCCGAAAAACUAAUACAGUCCAACAACCGCCUCAAGAUUCACAGAACGACAACAACCAAAGUGGUUCCACGAAUCAAAACCAAGAAAGUACAAAUACAACCACAAUUACCACCAGCGAAACGUCGUCAAUUAAAGCGACACCCGCGAUGAUAAGAUGCUCAAAAAUCAUGAAAAUGCAAAGAGACAUUCACACUACCGCAUUGUCAAGUUUGGAAGGUAUCGCCAACCAGAUGGAGUGGUUUAGAGAAAACUGGUAUGAAGAAGUACUGAGACAGCUGAGACAAGGUCUAACCAAAUGUUACGCUAUCGCAUUCGAGAACCGCGAGAGUGUGAAUGAAGCCAAAAUCACUCCUCAUAUUCUCAAUUUCGUGAAGAAAUUGAUGUCGACGUUUGGAAUCGGUGUCGAAAAUAUUGGUUCAGUGAAUGUUACUUUCAAUUCGGCUGCGUCUGAAAGUCUAGCAAGGAGGGCAGAAGCGACUUAUCAGGAUCCCGUUUUUAAAGAGAUGAAGCAAGAUUUCACUAAAGAUUUUGAUUUUUCGCAAACUAAUUCCAUGAGGUUGCACACUUUGAUAUUCAAAUUGAAGAAGUGGAUUAAGAUUUUAGACAAUCGGUCGAAAAUGCUUUUGCAGUCCUUCCUGAUCGAAGAAAAAUGCCGAUUUUUGUCAAACUUCACCCUCAAAACGGCCGAGGUAGAAAUACCUGGGGAAUUUCUUCUCCCUAAACACAACCACUACUAUGUGAGAAUUACGCGUUUCAUGCCCCGAGUUGACGUCGUCCAAAAGCACAAUGCCGCAGCUAGACGUCUCUAUAUUCGUGGUCAUAACGGAAAAAUCUACCCUUAUCUAGUUGUUAACGAUUCCGGGCUUGCGGACGCUCGACGCGAAGAAAGAGUUCUUCAGCUUUUGAGAAUGUUGAACCAUUGUUUGGGCAAACAGAAAGAGACUGCGAGAAGGUUCUUGCAUUAUACGGUUCCGAGAGUUGUGGCUGUGUCGCAACAAAUCCGACUAGUGGAAGAUAAUCCCGCAUCUAUUUCGUUGUUGGACAUUUUCAAAAAAGGAUGUUCGAAAUUGAGCAUUGAGCAUGAUGAUCCUAUCCAUUACUAUUACGAGAGGCUAGGAGGAGUACAAAGUCGGGGGAUUAAAGCGAGCCAUCAGUUGUCCCGAGAUAUUUUAAAAGGGGUGCAGACGAAUAUGGUUCCCAGGACGCUGCUAAAGCAAUGGGCGGUGCAAACUUUCCCAUCGGCUACGGAUUAUUGGCAGUUUAGAAAAAUGUUCACUCUACAGUUAGCGUUGGCUUGUUUUGCUGAACAUGUUCUACAUUUGACGAGAUUGAAUCCCGAUAUGAUGUAUUUGCAUCAGGAUUCGGGGUUGAUGAAUGUUUCUUAUUUUAAAUUUGACGUGGAUGAUGGAACAGGUGAAUUUGGGGCCACUCGACCUGUACCAUUCCGUUUGACCCCCAACGUUGUUGAGUAUCUAUCGUCUAUAGGAAUUAGCGGACCCCUUACAGCUUCUAUGAUAGCUACAGCUAGGUGUUUCGUAUAUCCAAAUUUUAAAGUACAAGCAAUCCUUAAACCUAUUCUUCGAGAUGAAAUGGUGUUGUCUAGGAUGAAAAAGCCUGAUGAGUCGGUUGGGAACAACCUUGAGAAACUCACGGACAGUGAACAGAUAAUAAAUAUGGUUAAUAAGGCUGUUACGUCCAUAUCCAACAGGUUGAACAGUCUUGCACAUUUUGACGGAGCAGAUAGCAAGGUCUCAACCCUCGUAAAUGCUGCAAUUAGUCACGAUAAUCUGUGCAGGAUGGAUCCUGCAUGGCAUCCCUGGUUAUAAGUGGAAAGAUUAUCAAUCUACAUAUAAAGCGAUUCCUCUUGAAAAAGUGUAACAUUUUCGAUGUGUUCAUCUUAAUAGUAUCU